ACGGUUAGUGACAUCCGAGCGGUCAACGGACGAGGUUCGGCUGACGCACGCGCAUUACUAACGGUUCAAGUCGACCGCAACUGAAGUGGCCCGUCUACGUGACCGGGUCCAUACUAUUCUGUUUACUUGUCGGUCUAUCCGCGCUAUGAACUACAUUCUUGUGUUCGGAUGCGCGACCUGCGUAUGCCUGGCGACAAUGGCCCGCGGCCAGUCCAUGUCGUUUCCGGACAACGAAGGCACUGUCAACGGCACUGACGCCGGAACAGGUCCGGGCGGAAACAGAAACGGCAAGAAUCUAUUCAACUGGCUGGGCAGUUUCGCCGAUGAAGACGCCGAUCCUUACCUUUCGUCGGCCAAUGGCGCGUGUCUGCAGGGCGACAUGACCGAAUGUUUCAAGGCCAGGUCGCUGUCCGGGCUCGACGAGUUCUUUGUCAAGGACUCGUACCGUCUCAACGAAAACGUUCGCGUAAUCCGCAUGCCGCCCGAGGACAACGAAUACCGGUCGUCCAGAGGAUUCGAAUUCUCCACCGAGCAGCGGGCCGAAGACAGCGAAUGGGACAGGCUGGUCAAGUUCGCCAUGCGAAAGGUCGAAAAGUUCCUCAGAUCGACCGCCGUCGAAGUGCACGUGCCCGACGAGCUCACCGAAGGCGGCCGAUACUCGCCCAGGUUCAUCGACGAGAUAUCGUCCGAACUGGACGCCCUCGAAGAUAAAAAGGCCAGCGUCAUAACCAAGAAAAAAGUCAAAAAGCUCUUGGUGCCACUGUUGAUCGUAUUGAAGCUGUUCAAGUUGAAGUUGCUGUUGUUUUUGCCGCUCAUCCUCGGGUUGGCGUCGUUCAAAAAGUUCUUGGGAUUCUUGGCCAUUGUCGUACCCGGCAUGAUCGGGUUCUUUAAACUGUGCAAACCGGAUCUGCAGCAUAACUACGGCACGUUCGGGCAUAGUAGCUUUUACAAAAGGCCAAGCAGCGGGGGCCCACCGCCGCCACCUCCGGGUCCGAUCUACACGCCGUACCGCGAACACGUGCCAGAGCAGCCGGAGUACCUACAGGAAGCCUUAGACUCGCCGCCGUACGGCCACCCGUACAGCAGGCCUGCCCGCGCUCAAGAACCCAAGGAACCCAACGGUUUCCGGCCGUCGGGAUCUGUGUCGUUUAGGGACGAGGCCAACGACAAGGCUUAUAGCGCGUAUAAUCGACAACAAUAACAUUAACCAUCAAACUUACGCGUUUACGUUCGACGUGCAGUUGGAUUAAUGAAUUAUUGUAUUCGAUUAAUUACUAAUGUAUUAAGUUAAACGGGAUUUGACCACCCGUUUUAUCCUCUGUUUAAUGACUAAAUAGCUAUUUGUUUAAAAAGACUGUUCAUACUCUUAAUUGUUUUCGGGAGAAACAAACUAAUUGUUGAAAUAACGAAAACGAUAACAUUUUUAUAUUUUCUUAUGUAAAUUAAAAUAAUGCCGUGAUCUUGAAUCAAAAGACAGUAUCAACAGUUUCUUUGUUUCUCUUAAAUCAUAAAUGUAUACAUGUAAUGUCACACCACACAUAGCAUAUUUUCGGUAUGUAAGUAUUUUUGGAAAAAAACAUUUUAUUUGGAGUACAUUUAUCACUUAUGUCUAAAAAGCAAAAACGUAUAUAUCGUGUUAUAGUAUUUAAAUAUUUCAAAACUAUUGAAAUGUCUGAUGGCUGUACUUUAACUAAAAUGAUUUAUUCCAAAGGUGGAUUUUUUUUUAGAAAAAUAUUCAAAAUGCUUAAAUUUAAUUUGUAUGUAAAAAUUGCCUAUACACAUCCCCUUAAAACUUAAAAGUAUAUUUUUUUUGUGCCCUCUUCAACAUUUGUUUGCUAUAAUAUAAUAUGGGAACCCUAGAAGUUAAGAACAACUGAACUAAACAUUUAAACACGAUUUUAUUAAGUUAUUUAAAUCAACGAGCAAAUGUGACUUCUCGGGUCCUCAUACUAUUUUGAUGACACAGCGUACAGAUGUGAUAAGUGUUUUUUUUUUUUUUAAUAAUUUUACACGAAUAACGUUGAUUGGUAAUAAUUUAUAAUGUGAUUUUACCAUUCUAUAUGUUUUAAUGAAUUGACAUGUCCUCUAGUAGUAAAAUCUAGAAUAUUUGUCUUCCAAUGUUUGUACUAACUCGGUGUUUCUUUGUCAAAAAAUCCACUUAGCACACCCGUAAACUAUACCUUAGAUAUUAUAUAAUCAGUUACCGUAAAACAAUAUCAAUUAAUAGGGUUGUGGUUUUUUUUUUUUUUUUAAAGAGAUAAUAGCUGAAAAUGUCUUCUCGUUACAAGAACAGUAAACUUUUUGUAAAUAAACUAUAAUAUCAUACGUUUUAGGUUAAUGCAAUGACUUGUAAACCCUUGUCAUAAGGACAAUGAUCGUGUACAAAGUUCCUCGUCAUAGUAAUAAUAUAUAAAUAUAUAUGUAUCAAUUUUUGUACACAUAAUAUGUUAACGUCCACUGACAAUUUUUAUAAUAUUGAUUUAUUGAUUAUAACUUCUUAAGCAUAAUAAUUGAUUGUAAAAAAUGUACACAAUAAUAUAUUUUUUUAAUUUUAUGAAUUUA